CUUCCAUCCACAAUGUCAUGGCUGGCUAAAUCCAUCGCCAACUCACUCAAGCUCGACGACGACGGCAACGGUGAUUACGACGGCACAAACCCUAGCUCCAACAAUGGUACAGACCCAAAUUCAACCCGACCCGAAUCCGAUUCACCGUCGGCUCCCACCGUCAAAGGCGACAUCUCCGAGCUAACCAAAACCCUAACUCGCCAGUUCUGGGGCGUCGCCUCCUUCCUCGCCCCGCCUCCCGAUCCAACUACCCCUCCUCCCCCCAGCUCGUCCGACCCGGCCCAUCCCUCCGAUCCAGAACCCUCCGACGAGGACGUGAUCUCCGGAAUCCGCAGCGACUUUGCGGAGAUCGGCGGGAAGUUCAAGACCGGGAUCUCGAAGCUGUCAAGUAACAUAGCGGUUUCGGAGUUCACUAAGAUCGCUUCGAAUUUGCUUCAGUUUGGAUCGGAAGAGGAGGCGGAGGCAGCUGGUGCUGCUUUUGGUGUGACCCAGGAAGCUCUCGUGUUCGUCAGGAAUAUCUCUAUGCAUCCGGAGACUUGGCUCGAUUUCCCUCUCCCCGACGAGGACGAAGACUCAGAUGAUUUUGAAUUGUCUGAUGUUCAACAAGAGCAUGCUCUGGCUGUUGAGCGGCUUGUGCCAUCAUUGGCUGCUCUCAGAAUUGAACUUUGCCCUGAGCAUAUGAGCGAGUCUCACUUUUGGAUGAUUUAUUUUGUUCUCUUGCACCCUAGACUCGGUAAACAUGAUGCCGAGCUUUUGUCUACACCUAAGAUAGUGGAAGCUAGAGCCAUGUUGUCUCAUCAGCUUAAGAAGGUAACUAAUGAAAAUUCAGAGACAGACCCUUCAGGAAGUAGCACUACUCAUGUGAAAGGAGUUUCCGAUUUCCCAGAAGAACAGCAUCUUUCUGUGCCACCUAGUGCUCAAUCUGACUUUGCACCUUCCAAUACGUCUACCAUCAGAUCAGGUCCUCUCCCACAGGCAGUUGAUGUCGAGACAGACAAGCACCCAGUUCAGAGUAGCGAAAUCCAAAUUAUUGACAAGCCUGUUAUUGAGGAAGGACCAGUAAAAGAGACAAAAUAUCAACUGCCACUCUCUAAUUCUUCCUCUAAAGUCGUGGAUGAGAAAUAUGAGGAUGAUGGUGAUGAUUGGUUGAAAGAGGAAACUUCAGAGAUGGAUGGUGUUGGUGGAACCUCCAUCCCUGUAGAGAAUGAUGAGGAUGUAUCAUUCAGUGAUCUGGAGGAUGAUGAUGGAGACGCACCAGCAGGUUACAAGAAGGUCACAUCUGGCUCUGAUUCAUCGACAAAAGACUCAAGAGAUUGGGUUCAACUUAGCAGAGCCUCUGCCGAUUCAGAUAAGGACAGCAACUCUGUUGAGAUUAGACAUUCUGGGUCUGGCCAGGUAAGUGCUCGUAACUUGGAGACCAAGGAAUCUAAUGACUGGCUUGAUGUUGAAGACAUUGAUGUUAUAUGAUGAAUUCAUAAGAACCCUUUUCAGGUCAAUAUGGCCUCUUCUCAUUCAUACCUUAUUGUAUAGAUGUGAAAUGUUUCAUGAGUAUGAGUUAGGCUAUGGAAACCGUAUUAUUGUACAUAACGACUGUUACUCGAUUAUUGUUUCUGAUGAAGAAUGUAUUUAUGAGGAGCAAGAUACAACAACAUGCAAUAAUCUGGAUUUAUUUCAUAUGAAAUUGUGUUUUGUUAA